ACAAAAUAAAAAAUAAUGUUUAAAUUUCUUGCAACCGUGAUUGUUGUUGUUGCUGCAGCGACAAUAAUCAUGCCACACAUGGUGUCAGCCAGACCUGGAGAUCUGGCUAUAAAUGCUGCAGAGAAUGUAGAUGUGCCGCCAGAACAUCGUGCUGCUCCACCGGCGCCACCACAACAACCACAUCCUGCCCAACCGCCCUAUCAACCCAGAGCCAUAUAUCCAGCUGCUGCAGUACCGGGUGGACCGCAAUACCCCCUCUUCUUUACAACUCCAAACGGCUUUGUACCCUUCGGCAGCAUUUACAGUCCCUACCAACAGCCUCAGGCCCUAGUGCAAAGUCCUGCAUAUAUCUUGCCUCAAGAUCAAGCAAUAGUAUCGCCAAUUGUUGCUGCUGUCUUGUGAAAUAACAUUUCCAUGUGAAUAUCUUUACUUUUUACUGUUUAUUAUACUUAUUUUCAUAAUUAUUUAUUAUUUUAUUUUAUUAUGUGUGCGUUUUGUUUAUCUAAUAUUAUAUUCUAUUAUCAAAUAAUUAACAGAAAAUACAUUUGAAGUUAUUUAAA